CCUUGACUUGAGUGUCUAAUCUGUGUCGGCACUUGAGGACCGCUGGGCCACAGAUUCUCCCUUGACCGGGGAUCUUGGUGAAAUUUGCAAAAGACAAUAUGGUGGUCCGAAGUUCUGUGUGGAGAUACAUCUUAGUUACACUAAUCUUUAUGUUUACUUCUGGAUACUUAUCCUAUAAACACUUUAAUAAAGACAUCUUAAAAUUCCAGGCAAAAAAGAAACCUGUAAAUAACUUGACCUAUCCAGCCUUCAAACAUCCUCUUGCUCCGCCAUACCCAUAUCCCUACCAGUUCCUCAUUAACCAGCCGGAGAAGUGCAAGAACCGAAACCCUUUCCUAAUUAUGCUGGUGAUUGGUGAGAACUCGGAUAUAAUAUCCAGGCACACUGUACGGGACACAUGGGGCAAUGAAAGUAAUUAUGAUGUUGAUGUGAUAAGGAUUUUUCUGGUUGGUCUAUCUGCAGUUUCAACUGAAAAGGUCCAAUCAAUGCUUGAGGAGGAAAGUGUAGCCUUUGGUGAUAUUGUACAACAAGACUUCUUGGACACAUACUAUAACUUGACUCUAAAAUCUGUAAUGGGCAUGGAAUGGGUGGCCAAAUUCUGCCCCACUGCCAGUUAUGUUGUGAAAAUAGACAAUGAUAUGUUCCUCAAUGUGGAUUAUCUGGUCCACCAGCUCCUUCACCCUGAGUUGCCAGUGCGUACAAAUUAUUUUACAGGGUACAUAGUAUCCAACACUGGACCUUUGAGGGGCAAAGCCUACAAGUGGUAUGUACCUAAGGAAAUCUAUCCCAAUGACACCUACCCACCUUACUGCUCGGGCCCCGGAUAUGUGUAUUCAGUGGACAUGGCACAAAAAAUUUAUGAUGUGUCACAAGAAAUUAGGAUGAUCCCAAUGGAAGACUCUUUUAUGGGAAUUUGCUUGUAUGAGCUCAAGAUCCCUCCCACUCGUCCCCCUCCGAACAUAUUUAAUGGCCACAGGAUUAAUUAUGACCGAUGCAAAUUUAAACAGCUCAUUACAGUUCACCAUUAUAGCAGGGAAGAGCUGCGAACUGUGUGGAAUGACUUUUGGGCUAAGAGAUUGUUAGCGUGUUGAUUUCAGGAACAGGACCUACCUCAUUACUGUAUGUCUAUAGGUGACUUAAGUCAUUUCUGGUAAACAUUACAAUGAAGUGCACCUAGGAAUUCUGGGGGAAAAAUGGAGAAAUAGGAAAAUUAACAAAGUACUCGAUGAAGAGACUCUAUGCAGUUCAUAGUGAUGUGGCACAGCAUGCAUUGAAUAAAUGAUGCUUAUUUACAUGGUACAGUAUGUCCUAUAUAGUAAUUUUAAUAUGUAAAUUAUUUAUAUGAAGAUAAUUUAUUGACUCCGAUAGGUGUUAACUUUAUUCAUUUUAUUAUAGUAAUAUAUAAAUGCUAUUACAGGUUGACUCUCCCGUAUCCGGAAAUUGAAUAUCCAAAAUACUGAGUAAUACCCCUUUCACACUGCACAAAUAACCCGGUAUCAACCCGGCAUAUUGCCAGGUCGACACGGGUCGGCGUGCGGUGUGAAAGGGGCAUAGCCAAAAUCGCGGGUCGCCUGACCCGGCAAUUCAACCCGGGAAUAAAGCAGUGUUAUACCCGGAUUGAAUACCGGGUCAGUGGCUGUGGAAACGGGCUCCCAGGUCGAUGCUUCCCGGGACCAGUUUACUACAGCAGGGAGAGGCGGCGCGGAGAUGAUCUCAUCUCCCAGCGCCGCCUCCACCUCCAUCCCCUCCGGCGACUCCGCUCCCCGCUGCAAUGGCAACCCGCCCGGCAUAUUGCCGGUUCGGAGAAGUAUGCAGCAGCUGCCAAUGCCGGAUCCCACCCGGGA